CUCUCCACCGAAUUCGAACGGGAGGAAUCCACCGUUUUCUACGAAUUCGAUUCUGCAAUGGCGAGACCACAGCAGGACGCAAUCGAUACCUUCAUCAGCAUCACCGGCGCAUCGGAGGCCGUCGCUCUGCAGAAACUCGAGGAACAUGGCGGCGAUCUCAAUGCAGCUGUGAAUGCUCAUUUCAGUGAAGGAGAUAGAACCAGCAAAGUGUGUCGAAUUUUCCUCUCCAAUGUGCAGCACACAUCCAACAUCUGUUCCUGUGCCUCAAAAUGAUUUCAUGGCUAUAGAUGAUCCAAUUCAAGAUGAACCCCAAGGACUUCCUCCACCACUUUUGUCUGCCGCUAGAAGUUUCAACCCAUUUUCAGUCCUUGACUCGAAUUUUGGUCGAAAUUUUUUUGACGGGAGAGGAGCUGCUGAGUUCCUGAGCCAUGCACCAUUGGUCUCACAUCCAAGGGAGGUUAGGGAGAUCCCAAUAGAGUUCAAGGAUGGGAACGGCCAGUCUGGUAACUCUGGGACCAGGCCUACCAUUGAGGAUGUCACUGAAAGCGCACACACGCAUGGACCAGAAAUUCAUGGGAAUGUCAUAAUUGAUGAUGACGACCUUCCGGAGGCUCCUACUCCCCAUGCUGCAGGUCAAACUGAAAGAAAAGAUGAUGUUUCCGAAAGACGUCCUGGACCAAGUGCUCCUCUGUUAGCUGAUGUGACUGAUUAUAGUAAUGACAUAGAAGAAGAAAUGCUUCAAGCUGCUAUCGAGGCUUCGAAACGGGAGGUUGAAGAGGGAUACCCAAAAGAGCCGUUUGGUGUUCCCAAUGAUUUGUCCAUUCCCCGAGUUGAACAAAGGCCAUCACAUUCGGAAGAUGUUGAACUUGCACGUGCAGUUUCAUUGUCCUUGCAGACAGCAGAGCAAGAGAAAGCACUGCGUGAACAGAAGGUGGUAGUUGGAACAGCAGAACAAGGCGUUCUGAACUCGUCUGGAAUUGAAGAUCUUGGAAGUCUGCCAGUGGCAAAUGGAAGGCAAGGGUCUGCUUCAUCUAAAAGAGAAACUUCGAGUCAAUUUAAGCACGAGGCAGGAGGCUCAUCUGUCCAAGAGGAAGCUGAAGAAGUAGAGGAACAGCCGUUAGUAAGACACAGGUCCAGACGCCUUGCUUCAGGACCUGCAGAAUCCACGACAGAAGUUGGGCAAGUGGUAGACAGCCCACCAUCAAGUCCUGGACCAAGUAUUGUUGCUCCUCGUCCCCAACAUAAUGGAGAUGCUUUCCAUUCUGAUGAGUGGGGAGGCAUAUCCUCUGAGGAACAUGAUGAAGCAGUUAUGCUUGAGGCUGCUCUUUUCGGUGGGAUUCCGGAAGGGACUGCAUAUCGUUUUGCAUACCCAUCUCAUCAAGUCCUGCAAACUGGUUCAGAUAGAACUGCAGAUCUCUAUCCUCGGCGGGUACCUCGUUCGCCAUCACCGAGUUUAACAGCACAGCGCUUACUACGGGAACAACAGGAUGAUGAGUAUCUUGCAGCACUACAAGCAGAUAGAGAAAAAGAAUUGAAGGCAAUAGAGGAUGCCGAAAUGCGUCGUAUAGAAGAAGCGGCUGCUAGAGAAGCUGCCCUUCUAGAAGAAAAAAAACGUGAGGAAGAAAUUCGCAGGAAAUUGCUUGAGGAAGAGGAGUUUGAGCGACUGCUUGCAGCAAAGCAAGCUUCUCUCCCUCAGGAACCAUCUCCAGAUGACGAAAGUGCUGUCACACUUCUUGUCCGAAUGCCUGAUGGUAGCCGCCGGGGUCGUCGCUUUCUGAAGUCUGACAAGCUUCAGUCUCUUUUUGACUUUAUAGAUGUUAGUAGAGGUGUCAAGCCUGGCAGUUACAGAUUGGUGAGGCCAUAUCCCCGGCGUGCUUUCAGCGAUGGUGAGAGCCAGCUGUCUCUAAGCGAGCUGGGCCUGAGCAGUAAGCAAGAGGCUUUGUUCCUUGAGCUAAUCUAGCAAUGUCACUCUCUUGAGAGCAGUGGUGUAACUAAUGAAUACCCUGCUACUUUGAUCAAUAUGAUAUAUAAAAGUUUGAGAGUUAAUAUCAGGUUUGUGGUAUUUGAUUGAAAUACCCAAGAAAAAUUGCAGAAAUCAAGGGAGGGCUUUUCAAUUGCAUCUACAAGGUGAGGCUGCUUGUAACUCUUCUUCUUUGACCAUCUUCACAACGGCAUGGAGUUAUUUUGAAUGCUGUAGCUCAAUCGGUGGCCCCUCUUUCUCACAAUCGUUGAGGGUCAUGUCUCUGUUCUCAGCUUACCUAUCAAUGUAGAAAGAAGAAAUCCCUUCAGCAUCAAAGAAAAGCAUGGGGUUGGAGCCUGUAACACACCAAAUGGUGGUGUUGGUGCAACCUUGAUGUCUCAGGUUCAUUCUCUUGAACUUUACCUACCCAAUAUGAAAAGCCAUCCAAGAUAAGGCAAAAAUAACUCAAGUUGCUCUACUUCUUUCUUAGGACUGGACUUGGGAUUGAGCUUGUGAUUUCAUUGUAGUUUGGUGAAAAUGAUAUGCUUGCUAUUCUGUGCUUGUAACCUCCAGGAUUCCUAUUCUUUGAAGUGAUUGGAGCAUUUACUAUCAGUAUUCAUGAUAGAUGGUUUUGGA